AUGUUCAAGGAAAAGGAAGCGGAGGUCAAUGUGACGUCUGACACCGAAGAAAACGAAGUCUUUAAAAAGACAACGGACGGUGUCAACUUCCGGAACGUCGGAUGGUUCAAGGCUUGCAUCAUCUUCACGAAGGUCAUAUUUGCAACUGGUGUUUUAUCAAUCCCAUCUGCUCUCUACUCGCUGGGGGCGGUGGGCGGAGCAAUCAGCAUUGUAGCAUGGGGCGCCUUCAACACAUACUGUUUUGUGAUUCUUGGGGGUUUUCGUGAGAGACAUCCCGGAUGUCACUCAAUCGCCGAUAUGGUAUUGGUCACCGGUGGCCCUAUUGCGAAAGAAAUCACUGGCAUCCUGUUUAUCAUUGCCUAUGUUCUCUGUGCGGGCACUGGAAUCAUUGGCGUGGCUACGGGUCUAAAUGCACUCUCCCACCAUGGAGCUUGUACCGUGUGGUGGUCCUUUCUUGCCGCAGUGGUGAUCGUUCUUACGGCGUCAGUCCGGAAACUCGAACACGUUGGGUGGCUCACAUACGCCGGGUUUUCUUCGAUUUAUAUUGCAAUUUUCAUAGUCGUGGUUGGAGUCACCCAGCUUUCCCGACCGGCUGCGGCCCCUCAAACUGGGCCGUAUGACUUGGGAUAUCACGCCUUUAACAACCCUGGGUACGCCGCCGGUAUGGUUGCAUCUAGCACUAUCUUCGUCUCCUCCGCAGGCACAAGUGCUUUUCUGCCCAUCAUUUCGGAGAUGCGCAACCCGAAGGACUAUAAAAAGGCUCUUUACCUUUGCAUGGGCGGCGUUACUGCCUCAUAUCUCUGUUUUAGUGUGGUAGUCUAUCGUUGGUGCGGAAAAUGGGUUGCUAAUCCUUCGUUGGGCAGCGCAGGACAAACAGUCAAAAUGGUCUCGUACGGCAUUGCAUUGAUAGGACUUGUUGUGAGCGGUUGCCUCUAUUUGCAUAUUGCCGCAAAGUAUCUCUUUGUCCGACUGCUUCGAAACACCCAACACUUGCAAGCCAACACAUUUGUUCAUUGGUCGACAUGGUUCGGCUGCACGAUUGUCCUUGGUACCCUUUCGUUUAUCAUUGCAGAGGCCAUUCCGAUCUUCAACUACUUGGUCGCCCUAUUGGGCUCACUCUGUUUCGCACCCCUGGCCAUGAUCAUUCCUGGUUGGCUGUGGCUUUUCGAUCACGGUGACUACAGAAAGGGCACUAUUCGCCAGAAGACCAUUUACUUGCUCCACAUUGGCCUGAUUCUCCUAGGCCUUUUCUUUUUUAUCGGGGCGACGUACGGGGUUAUUUUGCAAAUUAUUGACGCAUAUGCGUCGGGACUCAUUGGAUCUGCGUUUUCUUGUGCCGACAACUCCAAUUCGUCCUAG